AUAAAUAAAAAUUGAAAACCCGCCGGAGCGCAGAGUCAUUCUUCAUUUGGCGCCAUUUCGCUCCCUUUGGCUUUUCCAGUUCUCCCAAAAUACGAGACGCACCCAUUCUCUCCAUUUCGCUAUCUGCUUCGUUCUUCGGGUUAAUGUUUGAGCUAGGAAGCUUGCGAUUGGCGGAGACGGGAAGCGGCCAUUUCAUAGUCGCAGACACACCAAAAAGGGGGCAUUGAUAAGAAAACAUUCUGGGAGUCAUCAGAAUAAUUGAACAACAUGGCAUCAAGUUUGGGAGGGGCGUCGGUGUCGCAAACAGAUGAUUUUGAGACGUUCACUCCAACGACAGAUGUUGAGCCUCUAAAGAGGGCCUGGCGUAAUGAAAAAGCUGCUCCUGAGAUUCUACCCUUUGAGGCAUCUUUGGUUGGGAGAAUCAAAGAGCAGAUUCAAUUAAUGGAAGAUACUAUAGAGGAAUAUUCAAGAAGUGGUAUCGAUCCCCUAAUUGUAUCACUCUAUCAGAUGGAUUUAGAUAGGACACAGUUCUUGUUAAGAUCAUAUAUUAGGAUUCGCUUACAGAAGAUUGAGAAGUACAUGCUCUAUAUCUUGAAGUCAGAUGAACUUUUCAGACGUCUUUCUGAGGAAGAGAUAACAUUUACUGAUAGGUGUAGUCAUGAUAUGAAAAAACAUUUUGAUGAGAGUGUUCUAUCAAAAUUGCCAAAUAAUUAUCAGGACAUUUUGAGGCAAUCUAUAAUAAGUGAAGAGGAUGACAUGGUUCCAGAACCUCCACUGGACACGUUUGUGGUCUGCAAAAGUAAGGAAUAUCUUGAACAUAUACAGCUUGAGGAUGAGGAAGAGAGGGCAUCUAGUAGAGUAGAGGAACCGUUUGAGAUGGAGGCCAAUGUAUUACACAUUAUUCGCUACAAGCCUAUAAAAUCACUUGUAGAGAGCGGGAGAAUUGAUUUGCUGUAGACAAUCUCCACAGCAGCUUUCAACAUCGUGUGUUGCUAAUUUCAAGAUGGGUUGAAGUCAUAAAUGAAAGGAAUGGUAAAGCACUGAAGGGAUCAGGAAAGGCUGGUGAGUAAUUUCAAUUCUAUAUCUCAUGAUAUCAUGAUAUUAAAUGAUGGAUGUGGUAUUCCAAUGGAACCAAAGAGUAUAAUUUAUAGCAAUUUAGCCGUGUUUAUUUUG